AUGUCACUUGCUUGCCGCUCCUCUUCGCUCCGGACGCUGACCCGCGUCCAAGUGCGCCGGCAUGCGUCCACCUAUGCACAAAGCGAAUCAUCCUUUGCCAGGAAUGUGAAAGCCGUGGCCUAUUCGACGACAUUUGCAGUUGGACUUACGCUCUUUGCGGUUUAUUAUGCGGAUUCGCGGUCAGCGAUACAUCGUUAUGUGGUGCCACCGUUGUCGAGGGUGCUUUUGGAUGCAGAAAAGGCGCACAAGGCGGCGCUAGGAGUGCUGAAAAGCGGACUGGGCCCGUCGGACCAGAUACCAGACGAUGAGUUGUUGCGAGUAGAGCUCUGGGAUAAAGUGCUUUCCAAUCCGGUUGGCCUGGCAGCUGGUUUCGACAAGGACGGCGAAGCGGUGAACGGGCUGUUUGAUCUCGGGUUUGCGUGGGUAGAGAUUGGAAGCAUCACACCAAAGCCGCAACCAGGCAAUCCGCAACCGCGCGUGUUCCAUCUCCCUGAAGAUCAAGCCGUUAUCAACCGCUAUGGUUUCCCAUCAAAAGGAGCGACACUUGUUCUCAGUAGGCUACAAGCACGGUAUGCGACUCGCAACGCCGCAGAGAAUCACCCAAAUGGCUCUCUUCUCGACAACAAAAUCCUCUCCAUCAACCUUGGAAAGAACAAAUCUUCGGCACCAGACUCUCUCUCCGACUUUCUUCUCGGUGUGCAGACGUUUGGUCCCUUGGCAGACGUUCUCGUAGUCAACGUGUCCUCGCCUAACACGCCUGGACUUCGAGGUCUGCAGUCCCGAGGGAUGUUGAUUGAGCUCUUGGACGCCGUGAAACGGGAGAGGGAUUCGCUUCACAUGGAUCGUGCUCUCCCGAAAUUACUAGUGAAGAUUGCGCCCGACCUGUCAGAAGAGGAGCUCACAGACGUUGCCGAAGCAGUGAGAGAGACGGGUAUCGAUGGUGUCAUUGUCUCAAACACCACUAUUCAGAGACCCGAAGGCGUCAAAUCUGCGAACAAGAAGGAGGCUGGAGGGCUUUCUGGGGUGCCCUUGAAGCCGUUGACUCUUCGCGCACUGAAAACACUGCGACCCCUGCUCCCGGCCUCGAUUCCCAUCGUCGGUUGUGGAGGAAUCGCUACAGGGGCUGAUGCUUUAGAAUACGCACGAGCAGGGGCGACGACGGUUCAGCUCUAUACGUCGUUUGCGUACGGUGGUGCUGGCACGCCACGAAGAAUCAAGGACGAAAUUGUGGACGAACUGCGGCGGUCCAACCAGUCGUGGAUGGACGCUGUACGUGAAGGCCAAAAGGCAGCAUGGAAAGAGCCUCAGGAAGCGCAUGGUUUAGUGACAAUUGUCGCUCCUGAGGUGACCUCGGCGAUCAAAGAGGGCUCUGGCGCGUUUACUGCCAUGGGUGAACAGCUGAUCAAUAUAUUAAAAACAGAUUCACAUAGCGUGGAGGAUAAAGUACAACAACCGGAGAGUGUAGUCCAAUGA